GGCCAGUGGGGCAGCAUGGCCGGGAUCGGGCGGGGGCCGGAGGAAGAGCUGCUGUCCUUCCAGGCCUUCCAGAGCAGGUGCCCGCCGGGGGCCCGCUACGGCGCGCGGGACAGUUGGCAGCGGGACUUCCGCCGGCUCCGAGGAAUUACUUACCUGGACCAUGCGGGUGCCACACUUUUUGCAGAGAGCCUGCUUAAGGGGUUUAUGGAUGAUCUCAGAGAAAACAUUUAUGGCAACCCGCAUAGUCAGAACAUCAGUAGCAAACUGACGUAUGACACUAUUGAGCAUGUUCGAUACAGAAUAUUGCAACAUUUCAACACUGCUGCAGAAGAUUACACUGUCAUUUUCACAUCUGGAAGCACAGCUGCACUUAAACUGGUAGCUGAAACAUUCCCUUGGAUACCUGAAGGCACAAAGGAACCAAGCAGUCGGUUUUGUUACCUAACUGACAGUCAUACUUCUGUGGUGGGCAUGAGGGGGAUAACUGCUGUAAUGAAUGUGCUAUCUGUUCCCGUGCAACCAAAGGACAUGUUGUUAUUAGAGAAAAACAAGGAACCAGCCAAAGAACAAAACUGCACCACACCACAUCUUUUCUGUUAUCCCGCUCAGAGCAAUUUUUCAGGUACCAAAUAUCCUCUGUCAUGGAUUCAGAAGAUUAAAGCCAGCGAGCUCUGCCCUGUCAGAAUACCUGGGAAGUGGUUUGUUCUCCUGGAUGCAGCUGCUUUUGUCAGCACCUCUCCGUUAGACUUAACAGUUCACACAGCAGACUUUGUGGCCGUUUCAUUCUAUAAAAUCUUUGGCUUCCCCACUGGUUUAGGAGCACUUCUGGUAAACAACAAAAUUGCACCUUUUCUUAGGAAGAUCUACUUUGGAGGAGGAACUGCAGCUGCCUACCUUGCUGGAGAGGAUUUCUACUCCCCAGGACAAUCGAUAGCAGAAAGAUUUGAAGAUGGGACAGUUUCCUUUCUUGAUAUCAUUGCACUGAAACAUGGAUUUGAUGCUUUGGAAAGACUUACAGGUGGGAUGGAGAACAUAAAACAGCAUACCUUUGCAUUAGCUCACUACACCUACACUGUGCUGUCUACAUUAAAGUAUACUAAUGGGGCACCUGUAGUGCACAUUUACAGUGAUACAGACUUCAGCAAUCCUGAUGUCCAGGGUCCGAUCAUUAAUUUUAAUGUGCUGGAUGAAAAUGGAGACAUAAUCGGCUAUUCACAGGUGGACAAGAUGGCUAGUCUCUACAACAUACAUGUCCGUACAGGUUGCUUUUGUAAUACAGGUGCCUGCCAGCAGCAUUUGGGGAUCAGCAAUGAGGAUAUCAAAAGGAACCUUCAGGCCGGCCACGUUUGUGGAGAUAACAUAGAUAUAAUUGACGGACGUCCCACUGGGUCUGUGAGAAUAUCAUUUGGCUACAUGUCCACAUUUGAAGAUGCACAAAACUUUCUAAAGUUCAUUAUAGCCACCCAACUCUCCAAAGCAGACACUAAGUUUCCCUCUCAACCUAUUCCAAACAAGACUGUUACAGAGUCUGCAGAAUCCGCCAUACAGAAUGACCAAACUUCCUGUCACAAUGCAGUUGUGUUGUCUCUGAAAACUAUUAUUGCAGACACUGGACCCUGCAAUAACUCAUCUGCAAUGCUGAAGACUACCAGGUGGCAGCCACCAGAGACUGAAUUGGAAAGGACCGGGGCUGCUGUUUUUGAGUGGGCAGUUCCUGUACACAGCAGUAGUAACAAGCCAAUCAUUGUCACCAACAUUUGCCUCUACCCAAUCAAAUCUUGUUCUGCAUUUGAGGUUACACAGUGGCCUGUAGGAAACCAAGGAUUGUUGUAUGACCGUAAUUGGAUGCUUGUGAAUCCGAAUGGAGUUUGCAUUACUCAGAAGCAGGAGCCUAGGCUCUGUCUGAUACAUCCCUCAAUUGAUCUGAAACAAAAGAUUAUGGUUAUCAAAGCAGAAGGAAUGGACCCCAUAACUAUACCUCUAGAGGAAAACCCGGAAAAAGAGACACAGAUCUGUCAAAGCAAAGUCUGUGCACAUAGGUAAAAAGGUAUGAA